UGGGACGCGGCUCAUGUCCCACUUCCUCAGUUUACAGAGUUGUAGCUAGACAGGUAGAAAAGGCAAUGGUUUUGGAAAUAAAGUUGUUGUUCGCGGUUAAAUUGGAGUAAAUACGACACCAUGAGCUGGAUUCCAUUUAAGAUCGGGCAACCGAAGAAACAGAUCGUUUCUAAGACGGUUGAAAGAGACUUCGAGCGAGAAUAUGAGAAGCUCCAGAAGCUGGAAGACCAAACGAAGAAGCUGCAUAAAGACAUGAAGAAAAGCACGGAGGCUGAUAUCGCCAUGUCUAAAGCGGCUGUGAAGAUUGCUGGGGACUUGUUGAGUAACCCGCUGUGCGAGCAGGACCAAGCCUUUCUGGAGUCUAUGAUGGCUCUGGAUACAGCCAUGAAACGAAUGGAUGCGUUCAAUCAGGAGAAGGUCAAUCAGAUUCAGAAGACUGUGAUCGAUCCUCUAAAAAAGUACAGCAGUGUGUUCCCCAGUCUGAACAUGGCGGUGAAGCGGAGAGAGCAGGCCUUACAGGACUAUAAGAGACUGCAGGCUAAAGUGGAGAAAUAUGAGGAGAAGGAGAAGACUGGACCCAUCAUGGUCAAACUCCAUCAGGCGAGGGAAGAGUUGAGGCCGGUCAAGGAAGAUUUCGAAGCCAAGAAUAAGCAACUGCUGGAAGAGAUGCCCAAAUUUUACAACAGCCGCAUCGACUACUUUCAGCCGAGCUUCGAGGCGCUUAUCCGAGCUCAGGUGGUGUACUUCACAGAGAUGCACAAGAUCUUCAGUGACCUGACGGAUCACAUCGAUCAAGGUGGCCUGACAGACCAAGAGCGAGAACAGCAGAACGAGGCAAAGCUCAACGAACUCCGCGCUCUGUCUAUCGUAGCGGACGACUGACGACGGAGCAGAUCUCAGUUCAGUUCAGGCAGCUGUGGUAGGGAUUACAGAGAGUGUAAAUGUAGGAAAGGUGUCAAGAACGAAACCUAUUUGAUCUUCAUCUGUCUUUUUAUAACUUCUCUUUGCGAUCUGGGUUCGGGGUUUGACUUUUUGACGAUUUGUGUUUCAUGAUGACGGUAAAAACGGCAGGAAGCCUUCCUCAGGCAGAUCUUAAGCUAUAUGAUAACUUAUAUGCAGGAAGAGGAAAUUUCUGUAACAUCACUGGAAGCGCGCUGCUUCUUUACGUUUUAAAUGUAAAGGAAAGGCAGUAAUUCACAAAGGCUUUACAUUAGGAAUCACUGCAUGCAUGUCAAACACGUGUAGCUUUGAACACUAAACCCUGCCGUCUUCUCUAACGCCUCUGUCUCAGCAAUUCUACUGCUACAUCUCUAACGGAGCGAUAUCUAGUAACUCAAUACUAGCACAAAGUAUUUAUUCAUUGUUUAUGGAGUAUUUUAAAUGGUGUCUGAAGUCAAUUAGAGUGUCUGUAAUGUCAAAUUCUGUUACUUGGUACUGUAGCGCCCUCUACUGACCCAAACAAAAAACUGACUUUACUCGUCUUUGUGUGUAGUGGUUUUAAACAAGGUGUCCUGUUUAUGUACUACAGCCAUAAAAAAUUCCAGGUUUUAAAUAAAAUACGAUCGUAUUCGAGGACCGACUGCUGGAAAAAAACUAGUUUCAUUGCCUUCACGUCUUCUCCAAAGGAGACAAAUGUUGCAUUUUGUUCUUUUGUCUUUUAAACAAAACCUACAUGUAAUUUCUGUUAAAUCAUGUGACUUUAUUUUCAGGAUUUGUGAUUUGUCCUGAUAUCUGAUCAUCUCUUAUGUAGCGUUAAUCUCUCUUUUUUUUUUUUGCACACUAAAAAUGAGUUUGUGUCUUCUUUGAUUAUAAUCCCACCCACUUUUUCAUUUGUACCGUUUGUAUUUGUUUUAACGUACGAGUCGUACAAUAUAUCGGUUGUUGAAAGAAA